UGGUGAGAGCUGAGACGCAAGUUGAGAAAGCAGAAACGAGAGAUGAGCUCCAUCAUGGCAGCCUCUCAAGCUCUGCUCUGCAACAAUCGUUCCUUCCUUCGGAAGAAACCCGUUAUUCAUCGCUCGAGAAAUCAGAUAACCCAUCUCUCUCCUUCAUUCGUCAAGACAUUGCCUUCAAAAUCCUUCGAGACCACGAAAUCGAAAUUGGAGUUUCCGUUUGGAUUCAGCGAUAAGCUCACAUGCCGCGCCUCUCCACAGAAACCUAGCGCCUCCAUGGAAGAGUUGGAUGAUGAUUUACGGAGAGCGACUCAAGCGUUGCUUUGGGUCGCAGAAGGAGUCUACAUUUUCUGGCUUUUUCUUCUCCCUUAUGCCCCUGGAGAUCCUGUGUGGGCAAUCAGUGCGGAGACAGUGAAUUCGCUUGUGGGUCUUUCUCUCAAUUUCUUCUUUAUAUUGCCUCUCAUGAAUGCUGUCGGCAUUUAUGUGCUUGAAGCCCCAGUUCUACACCCGAUGUCUGAAGGACUUUUCAACUUUGUCAUUGGGUGGACAUUCAUGUUUGCUCCUUUGCUGUUCACGGAUCGCCGGAGGGACAGAUACAAGGGCUCUCUAGACGUUUUGUGGGGCCUGCAGAUGUUCCUCACAAACACAUUUUUGAUACCUUACAUGGCAAUCCGACUAAAUAAGACUGACUCAAACUACACUCAGAGAAAGCGCUCGCAGCUGGAGUCUGUGAUGACCAAAGGCGCGUCGGUUGUCGGACUUAGUGGUGGAGUUGUGUGUCUAAUAUCUGUUCUAUGGGCACUCUUCGGCCGAAUGGAUGGCAAUUUUGGUGGAAUUGUAGAGAGAUUUGAGGUUUUGAUCAGUUAUCUCGGAUCAGAGAGGCUUGCAUAUGCAUUCAUUUGGGAUAUUGGUUUUUACAUUGUUUUCCAGCCUUGGUUAAUAGGUGACAACCUUCAAAACGUUGAGCAAAGGAAGGUCGGUAUGGUAAAAUUCCUUGGAUUUUUCCCUGUGGUUGGCUUAAUUGCUUACCUUGUCUGUUUGACUCAUGAUGAACUGUAGCUACGGAUGUGUGUGUGUGUGUGUCGAAGGACUAUUUUGAGCCUCUUUCAUUCAUUAUAAUAUGCUUGUAUGAUCCAAACAAAUUUUUUGAGACACAUGAUCUACAUGUCCCUAUGACCAAAAGA